UGGAUAUUGAGGGAUUUUGUUCCAUCAAUGUUCACCCGUAGUCCAAGGUUGUUUAAUAGCAAGUGUUCGAAUGGUCAGUCACAAGGAUAAGAAGUUGGUCGACAAUAUUGUGAAACAUGCUACCACGCAUAACCGAGUUUUAGAAGAAGAAUACUGUUGGCGGGAAAUAAAGCGUCGUUAUAAAAAGUCUGAGGAUUCUAGAGAUCGAUCACCUGGAUCGUCUUGUGCACAAUCUGAACAGGCGUUGGAUGCCUAUGAACGAACACUUCGUACAGAAGCGAAACGAAAUCUAGAACUAUUAGCUGCUCGUUCAUUGCCGAGUGCUGCAGGUGGACAGAAUGCUAAAGAAUUCUGGCGAACACUUGCUCGUCGGCAUUGUGAAACUGGUCGUUGGGGUCAUGAUGGUUGGGAUGAAUUACAGAAUGAAGGUCCAAUACCUUUUAGACGAUCAGAGAAUAUUGAUGAUGUGAAACCGAGGUCAACAACUCCAGUUGGAUUACCUAAAUUGCCUUAUCAGUAUACAGUAGAAAAAGACAAACAAGAGAAAGAAGAUAAGAAGUCAAAGAAGAAGAAAGCCAAACACAAGUCGUCUGAGUCUAAAUCUAAACGGAAACAUGCUAAGAAACGUAAAGCAGCUAAGUUGAAAAAAUCUAAAAAGUCAAGAAAAAAAAAGGCUAAGGCACGUUCACCUUCUCCGUCGUCGUCGUCAUCAUCUUCUUCUUCUUCCUCAUCAUCCUCGUCUUCAUCGUCUUCUUCUGCCGCUUCAUCAUCUUCAUCGUCUUCUGCAUCAACAUCGAAUUCUAUUGGAACAGAUGAUGAAAUUGAAUGGCAAGAAUUAAAAGUGCAGCAAUCAUGUUCACAAUGAGCAAAUUUGAUCAAAUUGCGGUGCAUUUUGUAAUUAAUUAGUGUUGCCAACUUUUCAUUCUCUAUGGGAUUUCUAAUCUCCAGUUGUAUUUUUUUUCGUUCCGCUCUCUCUUUAUCUCAUGUGUUUACUUAUCGUAUUUAUUUUUUUUGGUGAGAAUAAGCGGAUGUUUUUGUGUUGACAAAAGAAAGUCUUUCUUUUUAUGGUAUCACAUUACAAUGACUUUUUUCCUUUUAAAGUUCACCUUUUUUGUAAGAGACAGUUUCGUUGAUAAUUUUAUGUGUAUACCUUUUUCUGUUCUUACCUAUUUUGGUCAUAUACUUCACAGUAUCGUGUUACAUAGGGGAUUUAAAAAAGUAAUACUUCCUUUUUUAUUAAUUAUAUGGUAAUAAGGGUGUGUGUGUAUAUAUAAUAAUAAUGGCAAUAAUUGUAACAAUGGUGGAUGACCUAUCA